CCUUCCAACCACACCCUCUCUCCUCCACCGCCAUCUCACACACCACACACACGCAUCCCACGCACAAAACCCCCCAACAAACCUCCCUUACCUCUCCCUCGCCUCCCUCGCCUCGCCUCCCUCUCCUCUCCACGAUGCCCUCGUCCCUCACCACCACCACCGCCGCCGCAACAACCGCCGCCGAAUCCCCUAACAAUGCCGCAGGACGCCUCCCCCUCGCCGCCCCCGAUGCCACCCGCGCCGCCGAACUCGCCAGCGCAAAGCUAAUUCUCCACGCUGCCCUGCGCCACUUCCCCGAUUUCCCAAUCCCAGGCAUCGACUUCGUUGAUAUCCUCCCCCUCUUCGCGACUGCCGCGCGCCAGGAGACCCUGCUCGCUGCGCUGGAGGCGGAGGUCCUCUCGGGCUUUGGCGGCGUCCCGGAUGUCAUUGUGGCGCUUGAUGCGAGGGGUUUCUUGUUUGGGCCCGGGCUGGCCAUGAAAUUGGGAUGUGGGUUUGCGCCGGUGAGGAAGAGUGGGAAGAUCCCGGGGCCGACGGUUGAGGUGGGGUUUAAGAAGGAGUAUGGGGAGGAUUUCUUUCAGAUGCAGAGGGAUGCGGUGGAGAAGGGGCAGAAGGUGUUGGUGGUGGAUGAUAUUAUCGCUACUGGCGGCUCCGCAAAGGCAGCUGGUGACCUCAUCGAGAAGCUCGGCGGUGAAGUCAUGGGCUACCUCUUCAUCCUCGAGCUCGACUUCCUCAAGGGCCGCGACCUGCUCAGCGCCCCCGUGCGCACCCUCCUCGCGCAGGAGGAGAAGCAGUAGACGACGUCCCACCCCACACCCGAUCGCGGAAAUAUUAUUUACACAAACGACAAACCAAAAACACAGAUAAACACCGAUCUUGCGCUGCGAACAUACGUGAUACAUAUACCAAAAAUAUACAAUACUUUUUUCACCGAUCUGGACCUUUUGGAAUGGGAGGCAAGGGAGGGGAUCUUUGUUGCGUGGAUUUUGUUAGGGAUUGAACGGAUGGAUGGAUGGAUAGAUAGACAGGGAGCACACGAUGCGGAUUUCGGAAUAUCAAAGGCACAGAAACGGCGACGGACGGCGGGCUACUUCACCUCUCCUCUUCACCUCACCCCUCCACUUGAAGGAUGGGCUACUUAAUAAUGUUAUGUUUGAAUCGCGGGGAAGAGAGCCACCACGGUGCGGAUCAUUCCAUGGCGGGGUUACGGAAACCUGGAAUGAUUUCGUUCCCGGAAACAGUGAAGCAAUCUUGGGAGGGAGUUUCGUUAGGCAUUACACAAAAGCAAGGAACACACACUGUUCCGGGAUACACUCAGUUUUCACAAAUCACGGUGUGUUCGUUUUGUCAGUUUUGGUGAACAGUUACACCUCUCCGCCUCCCUCAAAACGUAAAUGAGUAGUCUAUAUGAGGCCAGCCCGGGCUGAGACACCGACUCUGUACUUCCCCAUCUCCCCGCGCGAAUCACGCCUCUGUGCUCUCCCUCACCGACUUUGUAGAGAUGUGCGUAUAGCGAACCCCGGAUCGCGUCACGGAUUUGCUUUAGUGGCGGUUUCUGGCUGCAUUUGUGUACGCGCGCUCACGACCUACGGAUUCCCCUCCUUGCCUUGUGUUGGCUGAGCUGAGGCCCUUUUGGGGAGGUGAGGAGUGCUUCCCCCCGCGCGUUCUUACUUCACCGCGGGGCAAUCCCACACAUGCACGAUUCUGUAGAGAGCUGCAAACAGCAAGAGGGCUGCAUCAGACAGCCACAAUAUGAUAAGCCCAGCUUUGGAUUUUCCUUAUCAGCCAAAGAAAUAAAAUCC